GUGGUGCACGGGAAGACUCUUCCCGGAAGGGGUCGUUAGCCUUGUUGUACAGUCGUCGUUUUGGCGCCAUCAAGGGCCCAAAGCUUGACAAGCCACAGCAGCUAUAGAUCAGCGUUUUCUUCCAAUCAUUCUUGCUGCAGGAAUUCAGCAUUCAUAGUUGCCUUACAUCCGUUUGAAACCUGACUUCUUACCUUUCUACAGUAACACAGUCGAGAACGACAUAUCAAACCUCUUUUGCAGUUUAAUGGAUGCCCAAAAUGCUGUCGCGGAAAAAGCAGAGUCCGAUGUGGACCUACCGAGAGCGCUCGUUAAGCGAAUCGUAAAGGCGAAGCUUGCAGCGCUGUCUGGCGAUGAAAGCAAAGAGUUUGGGAUUAGCAAGGAUGCUCUUACGGCUCUUUCAGAAAGCACCAAGGUCUUCAUUAGCCUCAUUGCAUCCACAGCAAACGAUAUCUGUCAAGAGAAGCGACGUUCCACGGUCAACGCUGAUGACGUCUUCAACGCGCUCCAGGACCUGGACUUCCAGGAGCUUGUAGCGCCGCUGAGGGAGCAGCUUGAAGUCUUCAAAGAGGCCGUCAAAGAACGCAACAAGAACCGGCCCUCCAAGAAGCGCAAGGGCGCCGCAGAGCCCCCCCGCAGCGCCGCCAAGCAAACCGCGGCAGCAGCAGCGGA